AUGGGUGCAAAAUGUACGUCAAUCACAAUACCUCAGAGUGUAAAAGUUAUUGGGACAUAUGCAUUUGCUGUUACAUUGAAUCUUAAACAAAUUACAUUGCCUCCGAACAUAACAACAGUUUCCAUGGGAUGUUUCACUUAUUCAGGUUUAACAUCAAUUGAUAUCCCAGAAAAAGUAACAAAAAUUGAAACAGAUGCAUUUGCUGGAUGUGGUUCAUUGAAAUCAAUUCUUCUCCCAGGAAAUUUGAAUGAAGUCGGAGGAAAUGCGUUUCCUCCAAAUCCAAAUAUUAAUUUUACUUUUAAAGGUGAUUCUCAAAUAAAGAUUGAUAGUCAAAUGUUGAUUAUGGCCAAAGAUAAUUCGUCAAUAUCUUUACUACUUGAUCCAUCAGCAACAUCAAUUAAAAUCCCAAGUCAAGUUAAACGAAUAAAAUCAUCAUCUUUUAAGAAUAAGAAGAGUCUAAUUUCUAUUAUUUGCGAUGGAACAUCUGAAUUAGAAGUUAUUGAAAACGGUGCAUUUUCAUAUUGUACUAGUUUGACAUCAAUUCCUUAUUUCCCAAAGCUCAAAGAAAUAGGAAAAUCUGCAUUUUGUCAAACAAAGCUUUCAUCUCAAUUUAUAUCUCCAGCAAGCUUUGCAUAUCUUGGUAAUAAUGCUUUUUCCGAAGUAAUAACAUUACCAAGUGUUUCAUUUUCAUCAACUGUAAGUAAAUUAACAAUUCAAGAUUCUGCAUUCGAAGGAUAUACAUCUUUGAGAACUGUAUCAUUCGAUGAGUGUACAUGUGAUAUUUUCAUCGGACAAAAUGUUUUCUCGGGAUGUACAUCUCUCGCGACAUUCAAUGUCAUCAAUCGUAUCAAAUCGAUUGACUCCGGAAGUUUCAUGAACAGCGGACUUAUCACUAUCACAUUCGAAGGGAGCAAAACAUCGUUCGACACACUUCCAUCCAUGCUUUUUAAGGGAUGUUCAAAUCUUAACGAGGUCAGCAUCCCGAACAACAUCAUCUCUAUCGGUAGCGAGUGCUUCAGUGGAACAUCUAUCACACGUGCCAGUCUUCCAGACAGCGUCGAAUCUCUUUAUUCAGAGUGCUUCAAGGGCUGCACUAAUCUUGAGCGUGUCGACAUCUUUUCUAGUUGCAAUCUUUCAAAGGUAUUCCCAGGAAUCUUCGAAGGCUGCACAUCUCUGUCAUACAUCAGCGACUUCACCAGCGAAAACCUUGUUUGUCACAACAGCACUAUCUACAGCAAAGAUUUCAGCCGCGUUUACCUGCACGCUCCUGCGUGCCGAGACAACUACAUCAGCUUCGACCGUCGUCUGAACAGUGUUGCAGACAGCGCAUUCAUCAACAGUGCAUACAUCGAGAUUGUUGUCUUUGUCGACAACAGUGUUAGCAGCAUCGGCCGUCGUGCACUUGAAUCAUGUAUUCGUCUUAAGCAGAUCAGCAUUCCAUCCAGUGUCUCAUCGAUUGGUGACAAUGCAUUCAUUAACUGCAUCAGUCUUAAAUGUGGUGUUCUUUUCCAGAACAAGACACAAAGAUUCGUCGAUAUUCUCACAUCAAGUGGUCUUCCCAAGACAUCUCUUGUCGCAUGUCAAGCAUUCAGCUGCAGACCACAACAGAUACUGAAUAUUCCUAUUCCAACUAUUCUAUUUACUGUUUUUAUUUUAAUGUAA